AUGUUGUCUUUUUUUCAAAUUAGGGUUUUCGGUGGUGCUUCACAUCUAAUGUGAUGUUUUUUGUAUGCGGAUAAAACCCUAAAACUAAACAUGGCUGUUUGUAACGCGAAAUGUCGUUGUUAGCAAGGGUUUGUCUCAUUUACGAUGAGAAAUGAUUUUUAAAGAAUUCGUAGCACUGUUCAUUUUGUUGCAUUUUGAACCCAUGAACGCAUUAAUAAAGCGCCUCCAAAUGUCUAUUGCAUGCGUAGAAGAUUAUCUUGGUUGCAUAUGUUGAGAAUUCUGAUCUCUAAUGAUUAAGUGUGAACAAUGUUAAGGUAUAUUUUGUUGCAUUUUACCAUGAAUGGGUAAGCCGUGUCUGCGGUUGAGUAUUGGUUUAGCUUAUUGAAAUUGGGGUUUUUGUGGUUUCAUGAGAAACAUAGUACUGCCUAGGUUCCUAUCUUUUUUAAAAAGUUGGGUUAGGCUUCUCUUUUAACUGUCUUUUGUUGAUUUUUAGGGUUUUAUAUCGAAAGUAUGAUCCACCUUUUGUUGAUAGGUUGUCUGUGGUUUUGUUUAACCAUUGGAAAUAUAUCUAUUCAGAAAGGCUGCUGGAUCUAGUUCUCAUUAGUUGCAAAUGCAUGAGUUAUGUUGUUAUUUUUAUUGGCAUCAGUGGUUAAUCUGUAAAGUCUUGAAAGUUGAAAACGUAUACUUGAGAUUUGUUUUCUGAUAUGGCUGCUGCUGCAACUACAACUUCUGCUGGCCCCCGCUAUGCUCCAGAGGAUCCAACUCUUCCAAAACCAUGGAGAGGGCUAGUUGAUGGUAAGACUGGGUAUCUCUACUUUUGGAAUCCAGAGACUAACGUUACUCAAUAUGAGAGGCCCUCAGGGUCUAAGGUUUCAUCUCCACCACAAAAUCCGUCUCCGGUGGCUUCAGAAGAUCCAGUGCAACUGUCGUCCCAACAUAUCCAAGAUGAUGGUGUUGCUGAGGAUGAUGUUAGACAUGAAAGUAGUGGCAAUGGUACAUCAAAGCUUUCUUCUGAAGCAAAAGAUCAUGAGACUACAAAAGGUGGGUCAGAUUGUGCAUAUGAUACUCCAAAUGAGACAGUUGCUUCUGGACAGGGUGGAACUCCUGCUCAAGCCCAUUUUUCGUCGGUCGGAGGUGGCUUGUCCCCAGAUGCUUAUCGCCGGCAGCAUGAGAUAACUGUAUCUGGAGACAAUGUGCCCCCACCUUUUACAUCAUUUGAAGAUACUGGUUUCCCUUCUGAGUUACUUAGAGAGGUACUCCAGGCUGGGUUCUCUGCCCCAACCCCCAUACAAGCACAAUCAUGGCCAAUAGCUCUCCAAAGUCGUGAUAUAGUAGCAGUUGCAAAGACAGGUUCUGGAAAGACCUUGGGUUACUUGAUUCCUGGAUUUAUUCAUCUUAAACGAACCCGCAAGAAUCCUCAAAUGGGUCCAACUGUUUUGGUUUUGUCACCCACAAGAGAAUUGGCGACACAGAUACAAGAUGAAGCUGUGAAGUUUGGAAAAUCAUCAAAAAUAUCAUGCACGUGUUUAUAUGGAGGAGCACCAAAAGGCCCUCAACUAAGAGAGCUGGACCAUGGCACAGACAUUGUGGUUGCUACUCCUGGUCGUUUGAAUGAUAUUCUUGAGAUGAGAAGGGUCAGCCUUAGUCAGGUCACUUAUUUGGUUUUGGAUGAGGCGGACCGAAUGUUGGACAUGGGAUUUGAACCUCAGAUAAGGAAAAUAGUUAACGGGGUUCCUGCCCGUCGUCAGACUCUUAUGUACACUGCUACAUGGCCAAAGGAGGUUCGCAAGAUUGCAGCUGAUUUAUUGGUUAAUCCAGUUCAAGUGAACAUUGGAAAUAUUGAUGAGCUUGUUGCCAACAAAUCCAUUACACAGCAUGUCGAGGUUCUGACUUACAUGGAGAAACACCGACGAUUGGAGCAGAUACUGAAAUCUCACAAACCAGGAUCUAAGAUUAUUAUCUUUUGUUCAACAAAAAAGAUGUGUGAUCAGCUUGCUCGUAAUUUGACCCGCCAAUUUGGUGCUGCGGCCAUUCAUGGAGACAAGUCUCAAGGUGAGAGAGAUCAUGUGCUGAGUCAGUUUCGCACAGGCAAGUCUCCUGUGCUUGUAGCAACUGACGUUGCUGCUCGUGGACUGGAUGUCAAAGAUAUCAGGGUGGUGGUGAACUAUGAUUUCCCUACAGGAGUGGAGGAUUAUGUUCACCGGAUUGGAAGAACUGGCAGGGCAGGUGCUACAGGAGAGGCUUAUACGUUUUUUGGUGACCAAGAUGCAAAACAUGCUUCAGAGUUGGUGAAAGUUUUGGAAGGAGCAAAUCAGCACGUCCCUGACGAAAUUCGUGAAAUGGCUUCACGUGGUGGUGGAAUGGGUGGGAGAUCAACUAGACGAUGGGCAUCUGAGGGUGGUUCUAGCUUUGGCGGAGGUCGUGGAGGAGGAUACAGUUCAAACUAUGGCGGAAGGGGGGAUAGCUUUGGCUCUGAAAAGGGCGGUGGAGCCCGUGACAGUGAGAGGGGGGAUGCAGGUGGUGGGUUUCAGGGUAAGAGUUUCCAUGAAAGAAUGUUUGGCGGUGGAGAGAAGCGUGAGAGGAGCAGAAGCCCUCCCAACAAAGGUGGUUCGGGAUGGGGUGUUUCUCGUAGCCGUAGUCGCAGUCCUGAGAGGUUUGACAAUGCUCCACCAGUUCGCAGUUUUCACCAGGCAAUGAUGGAGCGGGCAGCGGCAGCAGCAGCAGCAUCUAGAACGAAUGGGCCACAGGCUGAUGAUGAGGAGGAGGGUAUGAUUCGAGAGGAAGGUGGGGGUUGUUAAUGGGA